AUGCUUCUCACCAAGGCCUUGGCAAUCCUCUUCACCACUGCGCUCACCGCCCAGGCUAUUCCGGACGUGGCGGACGCCCGCCAGGGUGCCAGCAACAACGCAAUCUCCUUCGCGGGCACUGACCCGGACUUGGGAGGGGUCUACACCUCUCCAUACCCCGGCGAGAAGGACGCCCAAGGGUUCACAGUGGUCAACUCGGAUGGCGAGGACGGCGAAAUCGAUGCCAACUCUGCCAAUUCAAAGGACAAGGAAAACGAGACUUAUAUUGCCGGGACGGAGGGGUUCGCCGCCAUCGUCCAACUGGUGGCAAACUACAAGACGGAGGGUGAACGUCGGGACCAUUUGGUGAAGGCUCUCACCGAUUACGUCUUCAAAGCACUCCCCGACUUUAACGUCAUCAUAUUCAAACGGAACAUGGGCUUCGGGUGGCGCGUUGAAAAUGGCAGCCGAAGCAACUUUGCCGAGAUGACCGUGGUGUAUAAGGAUGAGCCGACUGCACGAGAGACUGCGUACGGCAUCGUUGUAUUCAAGGGCAGGGGGACACUCUGGCGCAACGGUGCCGAUGGUGGCUGGAGAAACUGGGGCAUCUCGGGCAGAUUCUCUUCCCCUGAUGGUGAUCAACGAAUCGAGUUCUACUAG